GUGUAAUGAGGUUACUCCCUCCCCUCUACAUAAACACAUUCCCUAUUUUGGAGACCUCCCCCAACAUGAGGAAAUGGUCAGGAAAACACUGACAAGAGUCUCCCUCUUUUGUAACUUCUAAUGAUCUACCUGAAACGCUGAACUUUAGACACAUGUGAGCAGUAAAGAGCGUGCGAAGCCCCGAGGACCGGAUCAUUCAACUCUCAGCGUUGGACCUCGAGGAGCAACAGAUGUUUUCUCUCGCUCCUCUGGUCUGUACUGAAACUACUCAAUCCAUUUGAGACUGGUGGAGCUGUGAAGUGACUUCUUGAUCUGAGCGUGACGCUGUGGACCAUGUCGUCCCCGGUUCUGGACAAGUACUGUGGCUCAGUCUUCUGGAAUGAUUCAUACCUGGCGAGUGAGGACCCGGACCUUCCAGUAUGUUUGGAGCAGACGGUCCUGGUCUGGAUCCCCUUGGGCUUCCUCUGGCUCUGUGCUCCCAGACAUCUCAUGUCUCUCUGCAAACGGCGGCUCUCCAAAAAUUCACACAUGUCCAAGCUCUACAAGUGCAAGCAGCUGGUUGUGUCUCUGUUGCUGCUGACCGCCAUCGCCGGGCUGGCAGUGACUCUCGGUGAAGACUUCGGCCAGAACAAAAACGUGCAGCCGAAAAAUCCAGAUGUUUUCUACGCCAACCCAGUUCUGUUCGCCGCUUCGUGGAUACUGCUGUUACUGUGUCAGGAAGGAGUGAGGCGCAGAGAAGGAGCCGUGGACUCCACAUCUCUGUUCAUCUUCUGGCUCCUCCUGGUCCUAUGCGACGUGUUUCCCUUCCAGACACUGUUAAGAGAAGCUCUCAGACUGGGUGAAAUCAGGGAGCUGCCUCGCUUCUGCCUUUUCUACAUAAAGUUUGGCCUGGAACUGAUCGCACUGAUCCUUUCUGCUGUGGCUGAUGUUCCCCCAGAAAGAAGGGGCCCCACAAAAAAGCACCCUGAAGCCACUGCAGCGUUUCUGAGCCGAAUCACUUUCAACUGGUUCAACAGUAUGGUGGUGAAAGGAUACAAACAUCCUCUGGUGCAGGAGGACAUGUGGGAUCUCGAAGCUGUCGACACCACUGCCUCCAUCAGCAAGAGCUUCCAACGCAACAUGCAGUCCGAGCUGGAAGCCGCCAGAGUUCGCUUCCAAAACAAAUCCAAGAAGAAGAAGGGCAAGAAAUCAGUGAACGACAAGGAGGAUGCUUUCGAAAAAAGCCUGAGUAACGGUCUGAGAGAAGGAGUCAGCCAGGAUGUGCUGAUCAUGGAGGAAAGAGGCAAAAAGAAAGACAAGAAGAAGAAGAAGGAGAAGGAGGAAGAGAACUAUCCCAACUCAUGGUUGAUCCCCACCAUCUACAAGACCUUCAAAUGGAUCCUGAUUGAAUCUGCUGUGUUCAAACUUCUGCAGGAUCUUCUGUCGUUCGCCAGUCCCCAGCUGCUCAAAUUGAUGAUCUCUUUCACCCAAGACAAAUCCCGCUACACCUGGGAAGGAUACCUGUAUGCCGUCCUGAUGCUGGUCGUCGCCAUAUUUCAGUCUCUGUUCCUGCAGCAGUAUUUCCAACGCUGCUUUGUGUUGGGGAUGAAAGUGCGUACUGCCAUCAUGGACGCCGUCUACAAAAAGGCUCUGGUAGUUUCCAACGACACUCGAAAAGAAUCCACCGUCGGCGAAACCGUCAACCUCCUGUCUGCAGAUGCCCAGCGCUUCAACGACAUCACCAACUUCAUUCACUUGCUGUGGUCGUGCCCCCUUCAGAUUGCGUUGUCCAUUGUUUUCCUGUGGCUGGAGCUGGGACCCUCUGUGUUGGCCGGGCUUGCCGUCAUGGUGUUGAUGGUGCCCAUCAAUGGGCUGCUAGCGAACAAAGCUCGCGGAUUUCAGAUAGAAAACAUGAAGUAUAAAGACGAGAGGCUGAAAAUCAUGAAUGAAAUUCUCAAUGGGAUCAAGAUUCUGAAGCUGUAUGCCUGGGAGCCGUCGUUCAAGACUCAAGUGGAUGACAUCAGGGAUAAAGAGUUGAAGGUUAUGAGGAAGUUUGCGUACCUGACAUCCGUGUCCACCUUUAUUUUCAACUGUGCUCCUGCAUUGGUGUCUCUGGCAUCAUUUGCCGUGUUCGUCCUCGUAAGCUCCGACAACGUGUUGACCGCUGAGAAAGCUUUCACUUCCAUCUCUCUUUUCAACAUUCUUCGGUUCCCGCUCACCAUGCUGCCAUUGCUCAUCAGUGCUAUUGUUCAGACAAUGGUUUCAAGGAAGCGACUGGAGAAGUUUUUGGGAGGAGACGAUAUCGAGAGUGGGGCUGUCCGUCAUGACCCCAGGCCAAAUUCUGCCCUUUUCAUUGAUGACGCUUCAUUUGCUUGGGACAGAGACCAGGAGCCGCUGCUUAAAAAUGUGAACCUGGACAUAAAACCGGGUCAGCUGGUGGCGGUGGUUGGGGCUGUGGGAUCUGGAAAGUCCUCACUCAUAUCUGCGAUUCUGGGAGAAAUGCACGGCACCAAGGGCCACGUGAAUAUCCAGGGAUCCAUUGCCUUUGUGCCUCAGCAAGCUUGGAUUCAAAACGCCACCAUGAGAGACAACAUACUGUUCGGCUCUCCUCACGAAGACAAAAAGUUCCAGGAUGUCAUCAGGGCAUGUGCCAUGGAGCCAGACCUAGCACUGCUGCCCGGCGGUGACCAGACUGAGAUUGGUGAAAAGGGUAUCAACCUCUCAGGGGGUCAGAAGCAGCGUGUGAGUUUGGCUAGAGCCACCUACAGUCAGGCGGAUAUCUACCUGCUGGACGAUCCUUUAUCUGCUGUGGACUCCCAUGUGGGGAAGCAUCUGUUCGAUAACGUGAUCGGUCCCAACGGAAUACUGAAAGAUAAGACUCGAAUCCUGGUCACUCAUGGAGUGAGCUUCCUGCCGUUUGUUGACGAAAUCGUAGUUCUGGUGGACGGGCUGGUGUCUGAGACAGGGUCUUACAAAGAGCUUCAAGCCAGCGGAGGAGCUUUUUCAGAGUUUUUGAACACAUAUGCCAAAGAGCAGAGCAAUAAGACUCGCUCAGACUCAGUUUCAGAAAACAGCAGCCUGGCCAGUGAGGAUGUGGAGCUCAUCCCUGAGAGAGACGACAUGCAUCCCGACUCUCCUUUGGAGGACACAGUCUCUUUCACCCUGAAGCGAGAGAACAGUAUCCGGCGCAGCCAGAGAAAUAGCAGCAUCAGACUCCGAAAGAACACGUCAAUAAAGAAACCCGAAGAUGCUAAGGAGGCGACUCAAGGCCAGAGGCUUAUCGAGAAGGAGACUAUGGAGACGGGACAUGUGAAGUUCUCCGUGUACCUCCAGUACCUGCGUGCCAUGGGCUGGGCAAACUCUGCCUUGGUGUUCAUCAUUUAUUUCACUCAGAAUGUUGCCUUUAUCGGUCAGAACUUGUGGCUCAGUGACUGGACGAAUGAUGCUGUAGAUUAUGCCAACAUGACGUAUCCUAAUUGGAAACGAGACCAAAGGGUUGGUGUUUUUGGGGCCCUGGGAAUAGCUCAAGGAUUGCUGGUGUUCCUCGGGACGUUGGUGGUGGCUAACGCCGCACUAAACGCUUCUCGAAUUCUUCAUGCCAACCUGCUAGAAAACAUGCUGAAAGUACCCAUGGUCUUCUUUGACACCACACCCAUUGGAAGAAUUGUCAAUCGUUUUGCAAAGGACAUAUUUACGGUGGACGAAGCCAUCCCAAAUUCCUUCCGGUCUUGGAUCCUGUGUCUACUUGGAGUUCUUGGGACACUGUUUGUCAUCUGCCUGGCCACUCCGUUCUUCACCAUCAUCAUCAUCCCUCUGGCUUUGAUCUACUAUUUUGUGCAGCGCUUCUACAUUGCGACUUCUCGGCAGCUGCGUCGACUGGACUCCGUGUCUCGCUCGCCCAUCUAUUCACACUUCAGCGAGACUGUCUCCGGCCUCUCUGUCAUUCGAGCGUAUGGCCAUCAGGAACGGUUUCUGAAGCACAAUGAAAUAACCAUCGAUCAGAACCUGAAGAGCGUCUACCCAUGGAUCGUGUCAAACAGAUGGCUCGCCAUUCGCCUGGAGUUCCUGGGAAACCUUGUAGUGUUCUUCUCUGCUUUAUUUGCUGUCAUUUCCAGGAACUCUCUGGACAGCGGCAUGGUUGGACUGUCCAUAUCCUACGCUCUAAAUGUCACUCAAACGCUCAACUGGCUUGUCAGGAUGAAUUCGGAGCUGGAGACCAAUAUUGUUGCAGUGGAGAGAGUGAACGAAUAUAGCGAGGUUGAAAAUGAGGCCAAGUGGAUCACAGACCAAAGGCCGCCGCAGAGCUGGCCAGAAGCCGGACGAGUCCAAUUUGACAACUACAAAGUUCGUUACAGGGCUGGUUUGGACCUGGUUUUACACGGGAUUUCCUGCGACAUCAGCAGCACGGAGAAGAUCGGCAUCGUGGGUCGCACAGGAGCCGGCAAGUCCAGCUUGACCAACUGCCUGUUCAGAAUCAUCGAAGCUGCUGAGGGGCGGAUCCUCAUCGACGGCAUUGACAUUGCCAAGAUCGGACUGCACGACCUCAGAAACAGACUCACAAUCAUACCACAGGACCCGGUGUUGUUCUCCGGAACGCUCCGAAUGAACCUGGAUCCAUUUGACAAGUUCAGUGACGAAGAUAUCUGGAGAGUGUUGGAGCUUUCUCACCUCAAGGACUACGUGUCAGGACUUCAGGAGGGAUUGAUGCACAUGGUCACCGAAGGAGGGGAGAACCUCAGUGUCGGUCAGAGGCAGCUGCUGUGUUUAGCUAGAGCGCUGCUGAGAAAGUCCAGAAUUCUAAUCUUGGAUGAGGCUACGGCUGCUGUGGACCUGGAGACAGACGAUCUGAUUCAGACCACCAUCCGCAAAGAGUUUUCUCAUUGUACUGUCCUCACCAUUGCCCACCGCCUACACACCAUCAUGGACAGCUCUCGGGUCAUGGUCCUUGAUGCUGGAAAAAUUGUGGAAUUUGAUUCUCCAAGCAACCUUCUGGACAGACAGGGUCAUUUCUACUCCAUGGCAAAGGAUGCAGGCAUCACGAAAACAGAAAACUCUUCCCUGUGAUUUACCUUAUUCUCUCAUUUAACCACUGAAAUGCAUGCACUCUUUGUUAUUUAUCAGGACCCAUAUCAUUUCAUAUCAAACCCAUGUUGUGUAAAUAUGUUUUAAUACAAAUGACAAGUUGUUGUGUGAUAUCGUUGAAUGUGCAGUGCGUUGAUAGAAAUAAAAUCUGAUGUU